AUGUCAGCUUUCUGCCUCGACCUGCACACAUCCAAGGCUGCGAUUUCAGCACCACCCGAGCUGGACAGCGACUGCAUGGAGCACCCGGUGGAUCAGGGCAACAAAACCCCAGAAGAAAAGGGAAGAUUUCAGGGCCACUCGCUGCUACACACCGGCUCUGGAGGCCUCGGGAUGGCGUUGGAAGAGGAAUUAGCCAUGCUUACUGGGGAGCAGGACGACGAGGAGGAGGAAGAGUUGUCUGAAUUGGAGACGCCUGUAAUUGGACAGAAUACAGACUUGUUGUCGCUCUUCCGUCAAAAAGAAAAGGACUUGGUUUUAGCUGCUAAACUAGGCAAGGCUCUGCUAGAGCGUAACCAAGACCUGACUAAGCAAUAUGAUAAAAUGAACAAAGAUCUUAACGAUAAACUAGAGCACCAUGAGCAGGAGAAGCACGAGCUGCGGCGGCGGCUGGAGAAUAGGGAGGGGGAGUGGGGGGACCGCGUGGCGGAGCUGGAGAUAGAUGUCCAGCAGCUGCAAGGAGAGCUGGAGCGCCAUCAGGUCCAGCUGAGAGAGGCCGAUCGCGACAAGUCCACGGCUAUGAGGGAGCUGUCAGAAGAGAACCACCGCCUGCUGGAGCAACUUAACCGGGCUACAGAUGUGGAGAGGCAGCUGUCCACUCAGGUCCACUCGUUACGGGAUGACUUCAGAGAGAAGAGCAUCUCUACCAACCAGCACAUGACACGACUAGAGAGCCUACAGGCUGAGAUUAAGAUGCUGUCGGAGCGUAAGAGAGAGCUGGAGCGUCGGGUUAACGCUGUGCUAGAGGAAAACGAGCUACUUCAGAACACUGUUGACGACCUGAGGGAAAGAACGCUAGUGCUGGAGAAACAUCACCACGAGAAGGACUUACAGUUACGGCAGAGCCAGCUGGAGCUCCAGGAGGUCCGGGUGUCCCACAGACAUCUGAGUGCCCGCUUUGAGGAGCUCACAGAGGAGAGAAGUCUACAAGGCCUCAGCCCACACCCUGCCAGCCUACUCUGUGAGAUAGAACAGAGCAUGGAGCAAGAGGAGCAGGAACAGGAGAGGGAGCAGCUUCGUCUCCAGCUGUGGGAGGCCUACUGCCAGGUGCGCUCGCUCGUCUCCCACCUGCGGGGCAACGACAUCACAGACUCAGCCCUGUCCACUGACUCCUCCAUGGACGAGUCCUCAGAGACAUACUCAGCCAAGGAUGUUCCCAUAGGGAGCCUGCAUGCCAGUCUACUGGAGCUACGCAGACUCACACAGAACCUGCUAGACGGCAACGAGUCCACGAUGGCGAUGCUCUCUGUGGAGAUGUGCUCCGUACAGGAGGAGAGUGAGCGUAUGAGGGCAAUGUCUGAAGCACAAGACCCCAGUGAACAGCUCCAAAGUGCUAUACGAGACCGAGAUGAUGCUAUUUCCAAGAAAAAAGCGGUGGAGAUGGAGCUGGCCAAGUGUAAGAUAGAUAUCAUGUCUCUGAACAGCCAGCUCCUGGACGCCAUCCAGCAGAAGCUGAACCUAUCACAGCAGCUGGAGGCCUGGCAGGAUGAUAUGCACAGUAUGAUUGAUCAGCAGCUUAUGGAAAAGCACCAGGAGGAGUGGAGGGUGACCCCUUACACCCUCGCUGGGCCCUCUGGGGGUCGCGGGGGCCCCUCCGGCCAGUCCUCCAGACGAGCCAGUCGUCUCUCCGAUGGAGACAAGAGGCUCUUUUCCUUCUUCAAAAAGAACUGA